CACCUUGCCUAUGUGGCGUCAGGUAGACGGUUCGUUCAAAGAGAUACACAUUUUAAGGAAAACCCAAGUAUAAAAUGGAAAUACAUUGAUAAUGAGUUAGUCAAUUGGAAGACUUUUGUCAAAGACUCAACAUUAAAAUAGAUCUCAAAGAAAGGAAAUAUGUUGAAAUUAGAGAAUAUCUUGUUAUAUUUGAUAGCCUUGCGCUCAAUUGAAACUCAUGAUCUGAAAAUCGAUUAUACAAUGGAAACAAUUGAUAGGCUGCCCUUACAAAGCGAUCAUCUGCCAGAACUGACGGGUUAUGAAUUCGAAAUUGUGGAUAUACUAGGACUAGGUCCUGAAAAUCAUGGCCAACCCAAAAUUUCAUUGAAAAACUCCGCCUCCAAGUUUCUUUUGGAAGUGUACAAUGAUAUAACGGAGAAUGAACAAGAAUUGGAUCAUGUGCGACAACACUUAACACGUGGACGGCAGAGAAGAGCCUUGAGAGAUGAACGCUUUAUAACUAAGUACGAUCGAAUGGAAAUCGAAAAAUGCAAUAAUAUUAUCACAUUUUCAAGUAAACAAAUGGUAAGCAAUCCAAAUCUCAUUGCGGAUUUACCCAUUGCUACCGAUAUGCAGAUUGGCUUUAACACGAAUGAUGUGCCACGGGACCUACAAUUGGCACAUUCCGCUUUGCGGCUGUAUCAACAACCAAGUCUGGGAAAAUUUGUACAAAAUACCGAUGUCCAGAGAGCCAUAAUCUCCAUCUAUCAACGAGUUAUGGUACGGAAACAGUACACAGGAGCUUUAAGAAUAUUGGCCUCUGUAAAUACCACCACGGCGUAUAAAGGCUGGUUGGAAUUUAAUAUGACUCGCAUAUUAUCGCGUUGGCUACAACAUAAAUCUUUGCAAAUCGGACGACUGAAUGAACUGUUGGUGGGUGUUACUCUUGAAAUGGAAAAUCCCGCACAUGAAUCAAAAUCCAUAGAAAUACUACCAAGUGAUUUGGGUUUGGUGCAACCAAAUGUUACGGAUGAUAUGAUUGAUUUGCAGCCGUUUAUCAUUGGCUACUUCAAUGGACCCGAGCUGAUGACAAAAAUCCAAAAAUUACGUUUCAAACGUGAAGUCAUUAAACGCAAACGUAAGGCGGCCGAUUACUACAAUAGGCCACCACCCCCACCCGUACAGGAAAUCUAUCGGCUACCAACAUCAUGUGAACGUUUAAAUUUCACCUUGGAUUUCAAUGAUUUACAAAUGCAUGAUUGGGUUAUUGCACCAAAGAAAUUCGAAGCUUUCUUUUGUGGUGGUGAAUGUAAUUUUCCGUUGGGCUCAAAAAUGAAUGCCACAAAUCAUGCAAUAGUCCAGACACUGAUGCAUUUGAAACAACCGAAUUUACCGAAACCCUGUUGUGUACCAACUGUAUUGGGCUCCAUAUCGAUAUUGCAUUAUUUAAAUGAGGAUAGUGUAAAUUUAAGUAAAUAUCCACAAAGUGUGGCUAAGGAAUGUGGGUGUCACUAAUCGCCGGGGUGGAGGAAUGUAUUUACUUUGUAUUAAAUUAUUAUAUAUUUAACUUUUUUAGAAACUUUUUGAUUAGAUAAAU